CCAUCUUAGAGCUCUGUCUCUCUCUCUCUCCACGGCCUACCUAAUUUAGGCGUAUCUCUCUUCACAUCGGGCAGUGUAAAGUUCACCGUGUAGGAUUAAAGACCUUGUCAUCAGCAGCAAAGCGAGUCAGAAACCUGUGACACUGAAGUAAAGAGUCUAUUAUAGCAGAGAAGUUUCCUCUGAUGGCAUCCAGACUAUUGGAGAGAGAAAACGUGAUGUGCUGUUAGUGAUGCAGAGAACAACAUGGAUAGACAAUAACAAACCAUCAUUCUAGGGGUGCAGUGCUGGUUCGUAAUGACAAGUGGCUGUGUGGAAGAUGUCCACCCUUUCUACGACUGAUAUCACUGAUGUUGGUCAUGGGGACUCACUGUGCUGUGCCAGUGAAGAGGGCCCUUCAGCACUGACAGCAGAAGUGAAACAGGAGACUCUCAGUCAAACGGCCCCAUACAGCACCUCACACAAUGAGCUCAUGGAGGCCAGCGACAUCAAGAUGUACCCCUCAGACGACACCCCUGCACCAGGGGGUCAGCCAGCGAAGAGAAAGAAGGGCCCUGCUCCCAAGAUGUUGGGGAAUGAGGUGUGUAGCGUAUGUGGAGACAAAGCAUCUGGCUUUCAUUACAAUGUGCUGAGCUGUGAGGGCUGUAAAGGUUUCUUCAGACGCAGCGUGAUCAAAGGAGCUCAGUACAACUGCAAGAACUCCGGCCGUUGCGAGAUGGACAUGUACAUGCGCCGCAAGUGUCAGCAGUGCCGUCUGCGCAAGUGCAGGGAGGCGGGCAUGCUGGAGCAAUGUGUGCUGUCAGAAGAGCAGAUCCGACUGAAGAAGAUGAAAAAACAGGAAGAAGAGACGGCACGUACCUCUACAGUGGCAACACCCAGCCCUGCCCCUGAGAUGCCACCUCUGGCUCCUGAACAGCAGGAGAUGAUCGAAAAGCUGGUGUCCAUGCAAAAGCAGUGCAACAAACGCUCUUUUCUUGAUCGGCCCAAAGUCACUCCAUGGCCAAUGAAUCAGGACCCAUUAAACCGAGAGGUUCGACAACAGCGGUUUGCUCAUUUCACUGAGCUGGCCAUCAUGUCUGUGCAGGAGAUUGUAGACUUUGCUAAACAGCUGCCUGGCUUCCUGGAGCUCACCCGAGAGGACCAGAUCGCCUUGCUGAAGACCUCAACUAUUGAGAUCAUGCUGCUAGAGACUUCCAGGCGUUAUAACCCAGCAAUAGACAGCAUCACCUUCCUCAAAGACUUCAGUUACAAUAAAGAGGAUUUCGCCAAAGCAGGGCUGCAGGUUGAGUUCAUCAACCCCAUCUUUGAGUUUUCAAAAGGCAUGAAUGACCUCCACCUCGAUGAGGCAGAGUACGCUUUGCUCAUCGCUAUCAACAUUUUCUCAGCAGACCGACCGAACGUGCAGGAUCAUGAGUUAGUGGAAAGACUACAGCAGCCAUAUGUGGAUGCCCUGCACUCCUACAUCAGAAUAAAACGACCCAACGAUCAUCUGAUGUUUCCCCGAAUGCUGAUGAAGCUGGUCAGCCUCCGCACACUGAGCAGCGUCCACUCAGAGCAAGUCUUUGCCCUGCGCCUCCAAGACAAGAAACUCCCGCCUCUACUUUCUGAAAUUUGGGACGUGCAUGAGUGAGCCUGACCUCCCCCUUCAGGACAGAAUGAGCCAUUGUCAGGGAAACCUGGGUGGGCAAGAGUCGUCUACAGACCGAACACGUGGUCCUUAAGGGCUGAAAUGUCUCCCAGAGUCACGAGGAGCCUGGUUUUAUCAUUCUCUUCCUUGACAUCUAUAUUUUGGACCCAGUGGUCAGUGAGCUGCUUCCUUUGAACGUGCUUUUGAUAGACAGUAUGGCCAGAAGUAGCUCAGGGACCGAUCAAAACAGGUAGUCGGUUUUUGGGGGUUCCGGAUGGGUUUGGAUUCAGAGACUUGCUUGCUAGAGUGAGCGACCACAAACAAUGUUUUUGUUUUCAUGUUGUUGUUGUUGUUAAUACUAAAUGUUUCCAGUACCAAAAGCUUUGAGCAGGUUUUUGGCAAUGGUUUCUACUAUAUAAUUCACAGAAGAGGUUGUCUCUACGGUUGUUCAUUACAGAAAUGUUUAUUUACAGUGUUUUGUGGUUCCACUCUGGCUGAUUGUUUGGCUGACAGCAUUCUGCUAUUUUGAAUUCGCAUAGAUCACUCACAGAAGUCUUCUGUUAAUACAGGCUAAUUUGAUCAUUUUUAUUACAUGAUGUUUGACAUGCAUUUAGUCUUGUGAUUCUUGUUAAAAUGCAAUCUUCUGUUAACACCCAAAGGUUUUUAUAACAAAAAUCAAUCAGUGCUUUACCAGUGCUGGCCACAUUGAUUCAGACCCCAUGUUACACUGAUCCAGCAUAUCACAACAUUCACGAGGAAUUCUGUUUUCUGCUGGUUGGAAUAUUCAGAAAAAAAAACAACUAACAAGCCAAAUGGCCUAAUUUUAUGAGGUCGAAUGCACUGCCCAAUGUUUCGGGAGUGUUUGAAAGUGCUUAUCAGUGUAGAAUAUGGUUGACGGGGAUCGGUAAGAGUCACUUUAUCCGAAUCAGUGUGCUGCUCAACUCACAGCGACUACUGAGAUGCAUAUACCUCUGAAAACAUAAUGCAGACUAUGAUUAUUCUUUUUCCAUUACAUUAUCAUGUUUAGUUACCACAAUCUCCAACCUAACAUGUCAUGAUGUGUUUUUUAGUUGUUGUUUUUUACUUAUCAGUUCUUCUUGGUGGAGGCUGAUAUUGUUUGACAGUUCAUUCUUAAAACAUUAACAUAAAUGCACAAAAUAUAUCUCAAGUUGGAUGCCCAA